GGAGCACGAACAAAAUGGAAUGGGUGGUGUAGCGAUCUCCCGAAUUUCAAGUACAUUUUACCCUUCCAUUUCCCCAUUUACACACACUCGCCCAAGGUAAAUCUGAGUGUUUCUUUCCAAAAGCCAGGUCCAUUCUCUCUCGCUAACGAUCACGAUCACGAUCACGAUCAAUCAACUUUUGCAAUUCUUGAUAGGCUUUGAGUUAAAAUGGCAGAUGGAGAGGAUAUUCAGCCACUUGUCUGCGACAAUGGAACUGGAAUGGUUAAGGCUGGAUUCGCUGGAGAUGAUGCACCAAGAGCUGUUUUCCCUAGCAUCGUUGGACGCCCACGUCACACUGGAGUGAUGGUUGGCAUGGGACAAAAGGACGCAUACGUAGGUGACGAGGCUCAAUCCAAAAGGGGUAUUUUAACUCUAAAAUACCCAAUCGAACACGGUAUUGUCAACAACUGGGAUGACAUGGAGAAAAUCUGGCAUCACACUUUCUACAACGAACUCCGUGUGGCCCCCGAGGAACAUCCGGUUCUUCUCACAGAAGCACCUCUCAACCCAAAAGCCAAUCGUGAAAAAAUGACCCAAAUCAUGUUUGAAACCUUCAAUGCCCCUGCUAUGUAUGUUGCAAUUCAGGCUGUCCUUUCACUCUACGCCAGUGGUCGUACCACCGGUAUUGUUCUGGAUUCUGGAGAUGGUGUGAGUCAUACUGUGCCGAUUUAUGAAGGAUAUGCACUCCCGCAUGCUAUAUUGCGUUUGGAUCUUGCUGGGCGUGAUCUGACGGAUGCGCUGAUGAAGAUUCUGACUGAGAGGGGUUAUUCGUUCACGACUAGUGCUGAGAGAGAAAUUGUGAGGGACAUGAAAGAGAAGUUGGCGUAUAUUGCGUUGGAUUUUGAGCAGGAGCUGGAAACAUCCAAGACUAGCUCUGCUGUGGAGAAGAGCUUUGAGCUGCCCGACGGGCAGGUGAUUACCAUUGGUGCUGAGCGUUUCAGGUGCCCGGAGGUUCUGUUCCAGCCAUCCAUGAUCGGAAUGGAAGCUGCUGGGAUUCAUGAGACCACUUAUAAUUCUAUCAUGAAGUGUGACGUGGAUAUUAGGAAGGAUUUGUAUGGUAACAUUGUUCUCAGUGGUGGGACCACUAUGUUCCCUGGUAUUGCUGAUAGAAUGAGCAAGGAAAUUACUGCUUUAGCCCCCAGCAGCAUGAAAAUCAAAGUCGUCGCCCCACCUGAAAGGAAGUACAGUGUCUGGAUCGGUGGCUCCAUCUUGGCUUCUCUUAGCACCUUCCAGCAGAUGUGGAUUGCUAAGGCUGAAUACGAUGAGUCGGGCCCAUCCAUUGUGCACAGGAAAUGUUUCUAA